GAAAACCGCACCGCGCGAACUUUUUCUAGUGUUGAUACUAUGAUUUGGUUGUCGGAUAGACAGAAGUACGGGGUGGGGUUCACCACCUUUGGUGUCAUCUUGUUUCUCCUUGGAAUCUUGACGUUUUUUGAUUCGGGAUUGUUGGCGUUUGGAAACAUCUUGUUUGUGAUCGGAAUCAUCUUGAUCAUUGGACCACAACGGACCGUGACGUUCUUCACGAGGCCCACAAAGAUAAGAGGAACCGUGUGUUUCGGGAUCGGGAUCUUGUUGAUUCUUAUGAAAUGGUCGUUUUUGGGAUUUAUCAUUGAAAGUUUCGGAAUCCUUGGAUUGUUUGGGGAUUUCUUUGGGACGAUUGUGCAGUUCUUGCGGUCAAUUCCUUACAUUGGCGACUUGUUGAGCCACCCGUUAGUGGGGCCCACCAUUGACCGGGUGGCAGGUAUCAACACCCUUCCUGUUUGAAGAAAAGGGCAUCUGAAACGCUAAAGACUUUCAUUCAGGCAGAUGCUCCGUGUACACCUACACGACUAGAUCGAAGUUCAAUACAUUUGUAUUUAUUUGUAGCAUAUUGUAUUAUUCAUUUGUAAGUUGGAAAACUAAUGGAGGUGGUAUUUUUUGGCGGAGGCCUAGGAGUGUGGCGGAGGAAGAAUGGGUUUUCAGGUUGAAACCAGUAUGCCGUCUCUGGAGUGAAAAAUAGAGCUACGUGAUAGAGCUAUGUGGAAAUAGAGCUACGUGAUAGAGCGAUGUGGAAAUAGAGCUACGUGAUAGAGCCGUGUCUCCACACAGCUACGUGGACCCACUGAGUGGCCUCCUUCUAGGGCUGGUCCUUCAGUGACCAUCCUCGGCCAUCGUCAACUCGCGCUGGUGUGUCUCGCGAACUUCGCGAUGAGUUGAAUCCUUCUCAUUCCACAAACCAUCCUUCAACCACAGCACAGCAACAGCCAGCAAGCACUUCACCGGCAGCCAGAACAGUACGAACAGUAACCACUGCACUCACGAUAUACCAACAUAAACCCCCAAACAAGCAUCGAAACCCACAUCCCACAAAACUCUUAUUCCAUGAGCAGGCGAGAAGAAAUCAAGAAAAAAGAGCUCCUCCAGCUCCAAUUCCAGCAGCAGCUCCAGCACAAUACCACGAUGAUCCAGAGCUGGCUACCGAGCCUGCUGCAGAAAAUGGCCCCGAAGCCCAGACAGCAGUUUUUUGACUUGCCCAUUAUCGAGCUGGGCAAGAGCUUAAACAGUAUUGCCGAGGCAAAUGAAACGCAGCGGCUCGGAGAGUUUCUUGACGCCGAUCUGCACAAGGCUUUUUCAAGAAACAAGGCCAACGGCCCUCCGAGUGGCGCUAUGAAUACGCUUAUGAACAAAAUCAAAUCUGACCGGCGCAAAAAGACAGAAACGAUCCGCACACCCAUAGGUAAAAACCGAGUAAAGCCCCUUGCACCCAUAGUUAAUGUGGGUGGUACCGCUUCUGCUUCAGACUCGGACUCAGAUGCUGAUCUACGCUCAGACAACCGUCCGACUACCAAAAAGCCCAAACUUUUGUUCUGAAUUAUAAAUAGAAAAUCAUAAUAGACCUAAGCAAGUGGCACGCAACUAUUAAGCGUGGCAUGUACAUAUUUCAUUGUGGGCCAAAACCAGUGGUGCAUUUGUUUCAAGAAGUUGUGCAUUAAAAUGAGGCCAUUAUAUAUGUGAUAAGUACAAUAGGCUAAAUUGCAGUUGGUAUGGCAGCCACUAAUUAUGGUAGUCACUAAUUAUAGUAGCCACUGAUUGAUCAUUUGUCUCACCUGAAAGUGUGCACAAGACAAUGCGGCUGAAGUGAGUGGAAAAUAUGUUGCAUUUGCUACCCUUUUACCCUGAAGGAGACAGGGUUGUUCUUGACGAUGUGAAAAGGGGAUGUUUGCCUUUCGCAAAUAUUUCUAUAAUUGGGAAUAGAGGCGAGCUGAAGCGGAAGCAUUCUGUGCCGGAUGCAAAUUAGCUAACAGUAAACAAGCUUGUGGUGCGCUAUAAAUGCACUCUACGCAAAGAACCUGCUUACGAACUGUUAGAAACAAAGAAGAAAACCCAAGUUAUUUACAGAAAGGGUAUUUGUUUUAGCGGUUGCGCAUGGGCGUAGAUUGAUCGGCAAGUGAUUUGACGAUCCCAGCGUGAGACCGGUUAGAGCGUUGUGCUGGAGGUGCAGGGCUCAGAGAUGAUUGGCUGGGCGAUCGGUUGAGUGGCCCCGUGUUUACAUGGCAUCUAUUCCAGGGUUUCAUGGGUUAAAAAACUGCCUCCCACUGGUAUUCGUUAGUUGUGCCUCGCCUUCGAUGAACUUCACGCGCGCGGUAAAAUGCAACUGCAAUAUCGGGCAUUAAAAACGUCGUCUGCAGUACCGGAUGCUGUUCCGAUGUAGGCAUUAUUGAAGAGAAUGAUCUACCAUACAUACCUGAAGAAUACAGGUGAUAUCAAAUGAACGUGUUGGAACUUGGAAUGCAAGUAUAAAGUCGAUGAUUAUUUGGUCUGAAGGUGAUUAAACUUCCAGAUCACCGUGGCGGUGUUGUAGGCCAACUAGAAGUUAAAAUCUAGAUGGGAGUCAGAACUUAAAGGAACUCAGAUCGUUAGACGUUUAUUAUCCAAAGAUAAUACAUAUUAACUACAAGCUAAUAAUACAGCAAAGAAUUAUAAUCGUAAAGCAUCACCAAGCUAAUCGUCAUUAAGCUUUCUUCUCUUCGAUUCGUCUCUUUCUUUCAACAAUGAGUUGAUGGUAACUUUGUGUACAGGAAGGUUGCUUGAACUAGCACUCCGGGUGAUGGGGGAGUAGGCAGUCAUCUUAUGGGACACCGGUGGUGGUGGAGUCAACAGCUUGCUGGGAAUUACAAUCAGACCAAUUGAGUUAUCUCUUUGCAGGGCAAUGGAUGAGAUUGACGAGGAGUUAGAAAAGAUGGAGUUAUUGGUGGAGGUCGAGAUCAGAUCGUGAAACUUGUACAUUUCCACCAACGAAGGCCUGAACCGAUCACUAAUGGACAGCUGUGUUGGCACGCUUCGUGGGAAGUCGCGCGAGUUGGAGUUGGUCCUAGCGAGAGAUGGGAGGGUGAUGGGGAGCGACAUGGCCGUGUGUGGUUGGGUUUGUAUGGGUGUAAACUGGCCUGGAGGAGGGAAUUGUGC